AAUCGUCAAUCAUCAAUCAUGAAUCAAUUCCAAUAAAUAAUUCUCCAUUCUUCAUUAGUUUUAGUAAUUGUUGCGUAUGCCCUAUAAUUUGAUUAUUUUGUAUUAUUUGUUUUGAUGAUUCUGACUAAAAUUUACCAAAAGCAUAUUUAAAAUGCUUAGUAAAGCAUUACCCUUAGCGUGGAAGCACUCUGUAAAAGCGUUGGACUGCACGAGAACAACUGCACAACUAAUUAGUCGAAAUGUACAUCGCAUGAAUCAAUUUCAGAACAAUACGUUCCACACCGAUGUUCCUCACUUAUCAGAUGCCAAAAUCGAGAAACAAAUUGAGAGGUUGGACUUGGAUGCUCGUCGAAAUGGGCGAAUUUCGUUACGAGAAGUGGAAAAUCUUCUCGGUGAAAUCAAGUUGAAUCGAUCUGCAUCAUUAGCUCAAUCUGCUAUGGUAAUUCGUUGCUGCGGUAGUUUAAUAUCUGAAGAAUCUCCUGAGAAGAGAACUGAGCUGGUGCAAGAAGUAUGGAACACUUUGGAGAAGUUAGGAAUUGACCUGGAUAUCAGCCAUUAUAAUGCUUUGUUGAGAGUUUACCUUGAAAAUGAAUAUCAGUGGGUUCCUUCCGAAAUAUUAGCUGAACUGGAGCAAAAAGGUCUCGAACCUAAUAAAGUUACAUAUACACGUUUAAUCAGUAGAUAUUGUCAACUUGCUGAUAUCGAAGGAGCUACUCGUAUCUUGCAGUUUAUGCGAGAAAAAGAUAUGAGUAUUAACGAAGUCGUAUUCAACGCUUUGAUAUUAGGCCAUUCAAGAGCCAAUGAUAUGGGAAGCGCCGAAGAAAUACUAAACAUUAUGAGACAAGCCGGCCAAAAACCAUCGCCUGAAACUUACACAUUAUUAGCCUGCUGUUAUGUUGCUCAAGGAAAUAUGAAUAAGGUUAAAUCCAUUUUAGAAGACUGCGAAAAAAGAGAUAUUCCUUUGUCUGUGAAAGAUUACAUGGACAUAGUUUAUCAAAUGUCUUUGAAAGAUCUCGAUAUCGAUGAGAUGUUAUCAAAAAUUCCAUGCAACACGCCUUAUAAUCAAGAAUCCAUCAACUGUAUUUACAAAUUGGUUGACGCCGGUAAAAUAGAACACGCUUAUAAAAUUAUCAAAAGUAUGGUUAGAUCAACUCGUUUAGUUGGUUCUCUAUCUCCAACUGGUGGUUGUUUUGUUGAUGCUUUGGUGCGCAAUGAAAGACCUAGUGAAGAAAUAAUCGAAUACUGCGAUAAAUUGGUCAAAGAAAAUUUGAACGCGCUAGCUUUUAGUACAGCUAUGGAAAGGAGUUUGAAAUAUAAAAAAGAAUCUUUGGUCUACGAACUGUUUAAAGCGGCUAAAAAACGAAAUAUGACUUUGAGGCCACAUUACUUUUGGCCUCUUAUCGUAGCUCGAGGUAAAGCAAAUAAUUUAAAUGGUGUUUUGGUAACAAGUAAUGUGAACACGGUUCAAUUACCACCUCGUGAACAAGUUAAAGGCAGAGUCGCAAAAGGACUAUUCAGUUUUGAGUCAAAUUUUUGCCAAACGAAGAAUGUUUUGCAAAAUCCCAUCCGAUGUUUUUCCAGCCAUGAUAAUACGGAAAGUACGGUUCCUCUUAGUCUCUACCGAGAUUUGUUUAAAGAGUUCCAAAAAGUUAGUAAAGAAAAAGAAGAAUUAUUAAUCGAUAAAUGCCAACUGCAGAGUGAUAACCGAAUUCUUUCCAUAAAGCUGGAAAGAUGGGAGGAAGAAAUCGAUACUCUGAUAGCGUACGAAGUUAUGGAAGACAUGCUGCUUCGAAAAGGCAUUGGUAAUCUAAAGGAAUACAUCGAUAAACAUCCUGACGCCAUGAGUACGGUCGAUUUCAACAUGUUAAAAGCGUUCAAAGACUACCGCGAUAAGAUAGUCGCUCACCCUUCUCCGUUGAAAAUUACUGCGGAGGAUUAGUCCCGAGCCUACCGUCGUUACAUUCUUCACAUUGUAAGCAUAGAUCAUAUAAAAAUCAUUAGGCCUACCUAAAACUCCAGCCGUUUUUUUCGAUGGUAUUUGUCGGCGAAUUCAUUGUAUUUUUUUUUCAUUUUCAAAUUUGUGGCUGGUGUAGAUCAUCAUAAGUGUUCUUCAGGUUUUAAGGUUUACCAAAAUUUCAGGAAUACCUGUACAUAAUACAGUUUUUAGAAAUCGAUAUUUGGAUCAUUUCUUAAAGCUUAAAACCUUAACACCAGAGGUACGCUUAUGAUGUGAAAACACCUCGAGGCCAAUCUUUACAGUAAUUUAAUCAGCGUGACAUCUUGUGUAUGUUUUUAUAAUGUUUUAUAUUUUGAGUAAUUAGUGAACAGGAAGAGUGGUUUUUUUUAAAUGUGCUACUUUCUCAUUUAUUUUAAUCAGGGAUGUAAAGCGGUAUGGGUACCGCUAUUUGUGGUAUAAUUUUUAUCAGUACCAAAAUACCGACUAGACACAUCAAAUUUCUACUUACAUAAUUACUUUGUUGUGUAUUUCAGUGGUGAAAGAGUACCUCUUUUUUUUUUUUGGCGUUCUUGUUUUCUGAUGUUGUUCUUGAUGUUUCAGGAGCAUUCUUGAUAUUGUUAUUUUUUAUCAAAUUAUGUCUUGUUCUUUUAAUUUUUUGAUUCGAAGUUUUGUUCUUGUUCUUUACCACCAAGAACGUGGUAGCAUUUGUUGAAAGACAUAAAUGUUUGCCCUCUGGGAUUAUGUAACAUUUCGUGAAUUUUUAAAAUUAUUUUACUAUGGUUCUUGUUUGUGAACAUAACUAUUUCUAUAUGUUUUGUAAUUUUGUAUUACUUUCAUUUUUGUAGUCUUACGUUAGAUUGUUUUAAAUUUAAACCACACACAAUCAAAGUUACUGGUUCUGUGAUUUUGUCUUUAGUUUUAGUUGGAAUACAGAUUUUCUUUAUGUACUAAGAUUGUGCAAUUAUUUCAUUUUGAUAAUAUGAAUAAAUGAUGAAAAUAAAAGCUGAGAAAAUGUCAAUAA